AUGGCAUCUUCUUCACAAAUUCCCCCGGCCUCCACACGCCAGCACAACUUUGAGCAGGCCGUCGCCUACGCGCUGCACCUCUGGCCCGCGCUGACGCUCUCCGUCGCCAACGGCUGGGGCGGCCCCGACUCCGUCGAGAAGCGCGACUGGUUCGCCGGCGCCAUCGUCGAGCUCUUUCCUGAAUUCACAGACGCCGGCGCCGCGCCCGACGGCAGCGCACCAUCCAGCACCGCCACGACCGCGGCUGCCGAGGCCGACACGGAGGACGUCGAGACGGUGCUGCUGCAGGUCAUGGUCGACGAGUUCGAGGUCAACGUCGACGACGACUCGGCGCUCGAGGUCGCGCAGCAGAUUGUCCGCGCGCGCACGCAGUGCGCCGCGGGUCAGUUUGACGAGACCAACGCGCUGGCGGAGCGCUUCGCCAAGCUAAGGGGCGGCAGCGGCAAGGUCGGGAGCUUGUUCCAAAAGGCCGAGGACCCGAACCAGGAUACGGACGAUGAGCCGGACGACGACGAUAGCGAGGACGACGACGAGGGCAGCGACGUGGACAUGGGUGAUGCGCCGGCGCCAAAGGAAAAGGCCGAGCCGCAGGUGGACGAGGAUGGCUUCACAAUGGUCACCAAGAAGAAGAGGUAG